GUCAGUGGUAUGUGUGGGACGGCCUUGUGGGUGUUAACUUGCUUAUUUAAUACAGAGGUGCUCAGACAUAAGUACACACCUUCUUUGUGCAGAGGCAACAGAUACGCACACAGUUUGUCUCACUGUGGGACCUGCACCAUGAGCUACGACCAGAGCUAUCCAUUCCCACAGGUGUUCCUUGUUGAUGAAGGUGGGGGUCCACAGAUGUCCUCCCAGCCCCCGAAUCUUGUACCAUGCUGGUCCUUCCCACCUGCCCAGGAGAGGAUGAGGAAGCGUGAGAAGAACUGGAUGGGAGUCAGCCCCAGUGUGGCCCUGAUCGUGCUGUUGCUGUUCCUGCUUGUGUUUGCAGCCCUGGGCUUUGAAGCCUACCAGAUUCACAACAUGCAAAAACAGCUGAGAGAUAUGAGACAGGACAAACCUGAGACAGAGUUUUCUGCAAUGCAGAAGCAAAUUAGUCUCUCUGAACGUGGGUUGAAUGAAGAAGACAACAGACCUGCAGCACAUGUGAUAGGGCGGAUCGAAACAAUGCCGUUUCCUCCGACUAUUAAGACUUUGCGUUGGGAGCCAAGUGCAGGGCGGGCAUUUGUAUCUGGAGGAGUGACUUACAAGGCUGAGGAUGGCGCUCUGCAGGUCAACGAGACCGGACUCUACCACAUUUACUCACGGGUGGAGUUGAUCUUGAAAAACUGUAACCCAACAUCUGAGUUUGUGCACUGGGUGUUUGUGAGGAGAACGGGACAGACCUCACCACUGCCCCUGAUGGAGGCCCACAGAGCAGGUUUCUGCACCCAGCAGCCAGGGCACUCCUGGACCACAGAGAGUUAUCUCGGCUCUGCCCUGAAACUGCGGAAGUUUGACAGAGUCUUUGUGAAUGUAUCACACCCCAACUUUCUUAGUCAUACACAUUAUGCUAACUUCUUUGGUCUCUACAAGAUCUAAAGACAUCAGGAAGAUAGCUUUUGUUUUUUCAUGUUUUACUCCAAUGAAAGAAUGUAAUCUGCUCUGAAAGUCUCAGGCAGGACCAAAUCUUACCCAUAACUGCACUGAAUGUUGCAAUAUGACAGACUCUGUGAUGUUAAAACUCAGGGGAAAUAUUGCACAUUGUCUAUUGCCAGCUUUUAAACUGGUGGUUCAUUGAGGCAGUUUCCACACCUAUGCAUAUACAAAUAUUCUGCAUGUUACAAAUGUUGAGAUAAUUAGUUAACACUAAGAUGCUUUUUUGUUGUAUUUUUUAAAUAUUUAUUUUGGUGUGGACAUUAUG